UUUGCUCUCAUUGAUCUGAAGCGCUGGGAGGAUCAAAUGAGGCCGGGUCGGUCCAGCGAUGCAGACCCCCGCUGGACAAAGGCGGCUCUGUGGAUCCCCCUGCCGGACCCCAUCUGUACUAGAAAACGCCCGACAUACCUGCGCAGGAACCGCACCGGGCUAAGCUUCUGCUCAGGUAUCAGCCGACAGCCAAUCAGAACUGAUCCCCCCCUCCUCAGGUAGGGCUGAUAAACAGCUGAAGGAGCCGAGGACUCAUUCUGCUGGGAAAUAGGAGCCCAGAAAAAGGUUCUGACCCACUUCAGCGGCUGCAGAGGCCCGACAGGAGCACAACCUCAACUUCUAGAAGGAAGUCGCCAUGAUCCUGCUGUGGGUUCUCAUGCUGUCUGCAGCUCCCAACAGCCUUUCUGGCAGCUCCUGGUUCUGUGCGGACCCAGAGGACAGCAGCCAACACGCCGGGCAUGUAAUUGACUGCCUGGGCCCGCGCUUCACCUGGCUGCACGCCGUCUUCGACAACCUGCCCUCGCUGCUGAGCUUUGUGUCCAGGCUGCGGUGUUCCUCAGGGCCGUGUCCUCGGGACCUGGAGGAUUACGGCUGCUCCUGCAGAUACGCGCCGUCUGGGAACCCUGUAGAUCCUCUGGACAGCUGCUGUGCGGCUCACAGACGGUGCUACCAGAAUGCUGCCCCCUGCAGGCAGCAGCUGCCUCCUUAUAACUUCAGCUGCUCUGCAGCAAACACCAGCUGUGACGCCGCUGACCCGUGUCAGCAGAGGCUGUGUGAAUGUGACCAAGCAGCCAUCGACUGCGUGACGAGGAGCCCCUACAACUCCACCCUGAGGGGUCUCUCAGAGUCAUUUUGCUCGGCCGGAGAGGCGACAGACCCGCUCGGCGGCGGCGGCGUGCUGGAGGACGGGGAGGUCUUCGGCGGAGCAGAUGUUCGCUCAGCAGCAAACGGCUCAGCGGCGGAUCUGCUGUCCAACUCCUCCCUGCUGGCUGCAGGAGAGGUGGACGUGAUGGGAGCGGGGGGAAACCGGACUUAUCUGGCUGAGACGGGCGGUGAGGGCAUUACCGGGCCUCCAGAACCAACCUUCCUCCUGACUCCUCCUGGUACCGUCACAGAGACCGCAGGUACCUCUGCAGACAGAAAACUAACUCAACCUGUGCAACACUUUCCAGAAGCACGCAUUUUAACACUAAAGGCUUUUCUAACGCUACACCAGGCUGCUUAUUUUGUCUAA